CAUUUUCGUAAAUUAAACCUCAAUUAAACGUCGACACGCUGAAAUUUACCAAAUCCCACCGGAAAAAUGUAAAAUCUAAUAAGCAUGUACCAUUAAUAGGUUAUUGUUUCAUGUAUGUGAGAAUGUAAAUUAAAGAUGAAUGUUUUACACAAAAAAUUCAGUGUUCGAUUGUUUUGUUUGUGAUUGUUAUAUUUGUUUCUGCACAAUGUCCUCGAAUAAUUUAAUAAAGUCCGCAGGUGGAAUGGAUCAAAAUGAUAAUAAUAUGUGUAACAAACAUGCGGCACGUUGUGAUAAAGAACACCACCGCCCGUCAAACCUGAGUAAGCGUGAGUUGGAGGACUUGUACUAUUCCUUACUAGACAGUAAUUUGGAGUUGAAGCGAACUAUCAAUGCCCAAAAUGAGAAGAACCGAAUACUGUCAACCAAAGUGCAGAGAAUGACGUCUCUGACAAAAACUUAUACGGGCAGGGAUUGCUGUGCUGCGGCCAAAGCUGUUAUCAGUGAACAAAGAGCAGGAAUAGCAGAUUUAACAAAAGCAAACGAAGCCUUAGCAGAUAGAAUCCGAAAGCUUAGCAUGCAGCUGUGUACGGCCAGACAGUUUCUGAAACAGAAUCACGGUAACCGGAGCUACAAGAGUUUUUCUAACACACAUAAUUCUCUCAAAAUCAAUUCUUCAAUGUCGUUGCAAAAUAAAUCGUCAGUGGCUGAACAAGAUCCACCUUCAACAAGGACAGCUGAAACGAAUACUUUAGUAAAUGACCAGGAGAAAGUUGAAAAGAAAGACGCGGAAACGGUGUGCAGCGUAAUCAAAUGCAGAUCUAUAGAGGAACAGUUUAAGCAAAAAAUAGAAGAACUAGAAGAGGAACUAGCUAAAACACAUUCGGAGUAUUCGAGCCGCAUGACACAAUUAGAAAACCAGGUGUCGCGGCUGCAAUCUGCCGUUAUGCGCGCGCGCAGCGAGCAGAGUUUACGCAACAAGGAUUCCUUGGAGCUCGUGCGCGGACACAUCUCUGAAGCAGAGAAAGCGGAGUUAGAAACACAGUUGUCAAUCGAGAAACGAAAAGUGGCUGAGUUGCAGAUGCAGGUCAAGGCGGCAGAAUUAUCUGAACAGGUCGCCAAGACUGUCGAAAAUCAUCUCAGCACCACUUAUCCACGGGAAGAGAAGCAAUUACGCCAAACGAGCCCUGAACGAUGCAGCGCUUGUUCUAAUAUGAUCAUAGGUGAAACUUCGCCACGGCCCGUGCCGACUAUAACGUUGACUAAAACCCCGAAUGAGCUAACAGUCCCAGACGACAAACUGUCCAAAUCAGAUGAUUCGGGUUACGCCGACCAUCGACAAGAAACCGACACUGAAGAAAAGAAUAAUAAGACCAAUCUAGAGUUGAUGAAAAGGAUUGAGGAAAUUCAAGCGCAAUUAGACGCCUUGCAAUUAGCAAAGCCCGUGCCGACUACAACGUCGACUAAAACGCCUAAUGAACUAACAGUCCCAGAUGACAAACUGUCCAAAUCAGAUGAUUCGGGUUAUGCCGACCACCGACAAGAAACUGACACUGACGAAAAGAAUAAUAAGACCAAUCUAGAGUUGAUGAAAAGGAUAAAGAAAAUUCAAGCGCAAUUAGACUCUUUACACUUAGCAAAGCCCGCCCCGACUACAACGUCGACUAAGACGCCGAAUGAGCUAACAGUCACAGACGACAAACUGUUCAAAUCAUAUGAUUCGGGUUACGCCGACCAUCGACAAGAAACCGACAGUGAUGAAAAGAAUAAUAAGACCAAUCUGGAGUUGAUGAAAAGGAUAAAGGAAAUUAAAGCGCAAUUAGACGCCUUACGAUUAGCAAAGGCUGAAAAGGAUAACGCUGAACAAGAAUCAUCUUUCUAUUCUAAAUCAAUUGAUUACAACUACAAAUCUGACGAUGAACAAAGAAUUAAAGAUAAAAAUAUCUCGGCAAAACCAACACGAAUAUCCAUUUCUGAACGUGAAGCUAUAGUAAUAAAAUUACCAAGUGAACCUGAAAGUACAGUUGAAGUAACAUUUGAUAAUGAAAGAAAAACUGACACAAUACAGAACAAAGAAAAACUAAAUGCGACGAUUGAAACGGAUACAACUACUAAAGAUAAUGAAUAUCCGUAUAGAGAAAUAUAUGUUAGGAACGAUUCUAAUUCAGAUAAAAGUAAUGAAACUCAGGUAAACAAUUCACAUCAACAAGUUGUUGAAAUCUGCCCUGUUGAAUGCGAAUGCCCCGAUGACAAUAAUGAUCAAUUUGUUAAUAACAAUUGCCCUGUUAAAUGCGAAUGCCCCGACGACAAUACUGAUCAAGUUGUUGAAAAAAAUUGCUGCCGCGACGGUCUUGAAACAAAUACCUUGACCGAAAGAAAUGAGACCAAAAGUCCGGAAAAUUGUUUAAGUCCUAUGGUUAAUAAAGAUCAGCUAUUGAAUUAUCCAAAAAAAAUAGAACAAGGAGACAACUUGCAAAAAGAGGUUGUAAUUGUAAAACCAAAACCUGUCAAUUAUCAUGACAAAUCUAAAACAAAAAUACCACCAAUCGAUGAACAGGAUUCAAGUGUCAAAUAUUCUUCUAUCGUUCGUACUCCAAAAAAAUAUGAUGAUAAUUACCAGCAAAUACCAGGGCCUAUACCACCUAUCAGUGACUCAGCAACUAAACGAAGAUUUUCUUUAACAAAGAGAAAGGCUAAACCGGCCAAAGACCAAGGUAAAGAUGAUAGAAAUAAAAAAGUUAAUAAGAAAGAUAAAAAGGCUUUGAAACAUGAUCAAAAAGAUGUAAACGUUGCACGUAAAGUGGAGCCUAACGAAACAAUUGGGUAUAACGGAACAGGGGAACUUAAAAGUCAAGAAUAUGAGAAUGAGAAAUUGCCACUGGAUGUUACUCCUAAAAAUAAUGAUAUAAGAAGGAUUUAUGAAUAUGAUUUUUGCCAGCACCACGUGACAUUCUGCACUUGCCCCGAAAAGUCCGGUCCAUCUCUCUCCCUAUUCCGUUCAUGCAGUGGGAGUCAGAUCCUCGCAACCCUGCAUAAGGACAGCAGGUUUAGGAGAUGCAGUUGCAGUGAGAGAACGACUCACAAUUGCUCAAUUUUAAGAGCUCCUAUUGGCUCGUCGACACCCAAAGCAGAAAGGCCUCCUCUCAUGUCUCCACAUACUUAUACCAUAGAUAAGUCUCGAGACUCACGAGCCAACAGUCCGGCGAACACGGAACAUGAGAUAUCAGUUAUGACUGACUUGCCUUCAGAAAACGAUGACCUAUCUAACAGACUGUCUCCCGGCGAGCAUAGAACUGUAUCUACCAGCACCAGCACGAAAGCGACACCGCGAGAAGGAUACACACUGAGCGAAGGCGAAGUACCGGUCUAUCAAGAACGCAGGACAUCCAAGUCCCUAGGAGAGGUUCGAAGAAACGACUACGCGAAAGAAGACUCUUCAUUUGGCGAGCAAAGAUCUCCGACGCAGAAAAUGGAGGCGAUGUUGCAAGUGAUCUCUCAAGAGUUGGCUCGCUGCCGCUCGCUGCUGCAGACCCAAAGGCCGCAGGAGCAGAAGAAGGCUGUCACAGUCGACCCCGUCUCCUUGGUGCUCCGGAAAACUGAGGGAAAGUCCCAAUUUGAUGGCACAGUGGCGCCAUCUUGCUUAUUCACGAUGCAUGUUGUGACUGUCGUGCUUUCUGAUGAGGCGAUAUUAAGAUCUCGGGACACUAACUUGGUUCUUAAAUGGGUCUUUGAGCGCAAAACCACCAUGACGCCCUUGAGCAAAGGCCGCGUCACCUACUUCGAUUUUUCCACGCAGUACGAGUUCCAGUUGACUAAGGAAAUGGAAGAAUACUUGAAAAAUGAAGACAUGCUGAUAGUGAUUUGCGAGAUGGACAGCGCUAAGGAGCCGUUUGCCACAUGCGCGUUGCCGCUGCGACAAGUGAUACUGAACGUCAACAGGAGGGUUGACAUGUCUUUACCGUUGAGAGCUGGUCCAUGUCUGAAGGAGAAGCCAACAGGCUUACAAGUUAACGACGACGUCGGUGUGCUAGACGUCUGGUGCAUGCUGGUUUGCAAAUAGAAACAACUAGCUGCCUGUAAAACUAUCGCUCAGAAUUCGGGGAGUGGGUGAGCCGUGUUGCGGUGCCGGCGCUGCUGCGACGCCGCAGACGGCUCAGCGAGCGGUGGGCGCGGGCGAGAACGCUUCAAGACAACAUGGAC